AUGGCUGACACAGGGCCGGGCACACCCGCCGGGCCUCCAAAGCCGCGAUUAAAGAUCAACUUGAAUCGAACAACGUCCUUUAUCACUAAUACACCGCCGUCUGCCGUGGUCGCGACGCCUGGUGAUGGCGGCGGCUCGCGGAAGGUCAAGCUCAAACUCAGUGGCUCGACGCCCGCCACGCCCGGCGUUGACCACGCGGCACCCGUCAAGACAAAAGCGGGAAGGCAAUCAAAACCGACUCAGAAACUCGUCGAAAGCAAGAAGCGACAGCGCGACGAAGAUGACGAUGAUGACGUGCCCCUCGCGGCCGCCGCGCCGCCCGCGACCAAGAUCAAGAUCCGCCCGGCCAAGGCCGCGAUGGCGGCUGGAGGCGCGCACACUCAACUAGUGCUAAAGGCGCGCGGCCGCCCGCCGGUACACCCGCCGGGCGACGGGUACGACUCAGAGGCGAGCGAUCGCGAGCUGGACCCGGCGAUCGAGGAACAGUUCGUGCUGCGGAUGGUGCCAGGCGAGCACAGCGACUACGUGCGGACCAUGAUGGAGACGGGCAAGGUGGGCGUGAGCCGUCAACAGGGCGGUGCUAACAUCUCGCUCAAGUUCUUUGACGAGGACUCGCACCGCGCGGUGGUGACGGUGCGCGGCCAGAUGUUCGCGGCCGUCAUGGUGGACCUGCCGACCAUCACGGAGUCGAUGAAGACGUGGGACAAGAAAUCCUUCCUCAAGACGGCCGACGUGUGCCAGAUGCUGCUCGCCUUCCAGCCGGUGCGCAGCGAGGACGAGGCCAAGAAGGCGCCGCUGCCGAGCGUGAUCGACGGCGGCGGCUUCAAGUGGCCGCACGGGCUGACCCCGCCGAUGCACGACUGCGUCAACCGCCGCUUCGCGAAGACCAUAUCACGAAAGGAGAUUGAGGACAAGGAGCAGGAGGUUGAGAGGCUGCUUGACGAGGACGGCAUGGCCGACGGCACCGCGUGGGAGUGGGUGGACGAGAGCAACCCCGAUGGCGUUGCGGCGGCGGCAGCGGCAGAAGAAGAGGACGAGGACGCGGAGGGCGAGGACGCGGAGGGCGAGCUCGAUGACUCCAUGGACUACUUUGGCGAGGCUGGCGACAUGGACCUCGAGGCCGACCUGGAGGCUGCGUUUGCCGACGACCUCGUGGCGGACACGCCAGCGACAGGCAUGGAUUUCGGUACCCCUACGAUGACGACCCAGGCCAACACGCCCGCCGUGCACCCCUCCAUCGAAAUGGAGGAGUCCGAAGAGUCUGAUGAGGAUGACGACGACGAUGAUGACGACGAAGACCUGGACGAGGACCAGCGUGCGGCUCGCGACGAGGCCCAGGGCGUCAAGGACAUCAUCAACGACCUCAAGAAGCAGCUCGCCCACCGCCGCGCCGACCUGGAGAAGACCCAGAACAAGAUCCUUCGACAGCGACUCGAGACCCAGAUCAAGCAGCUCAAGUCGGAGAUUGAGCUCAAGAUGUCGUCGAUUGGCAUGGAGGCGGAUGAUUAA